AUGCCGCCCCUAGUACUAGUCCACCCAUCCGUGCCUCUCCCCAUCGCCCCGCCCCUCCUCCCGCCAGCCACAUGUCCCGCUGGCGUGGUGUGCCCGACGGGAGCAUACUGCGUGGUGGACAGCCGCGGCCUCCCAUUCUGCAAGUGCCUGAGCGGGGAGGGCAUCAUCAACAACGGCGCGUGCAUCGGUGGAAUGAGCUGGAAGAUGGUCGGCACGAGCGUCGUGCUCUACAACGGCCCCUCCUUCACCAACUUGCCCGCCAUGCUCGCACCCGCCGUGCUGCGCUCGCCAGCACUCAACUCGCCGGUGUGUCGGGUGGUGCCGAAGGGGUUCAACGGCACGGUGGGGUCGCUGCGCAUUAUGUGGAGCGUGGAUGACAGCGCCAAGGACCACCUUGUGUGCGGCAAGCUCGUCUUCUGGGACAAGCCCGACUACUCUGGGUCGGCAUCGGUGUUUGAGAUUCAUGGCAAGUGGACUGCAACCAAGGCCGACAAGUUCAACUACGCCACCACCAGCGUCAAGAAGGCAGCGGGCGUGGUGGCGACGGGCAGGUCCUUCUCGUGUCUGGCGGCCGUGAAGCCGCCUGUCACGGACUUCUAUGCCACGGCGGCAUGCCCGCCCAACUCCAAGUGCUCCCUCAAGAACAGCUCCUAUGCCGUCUGCACGUGUGACGCUGGCACCACCAUGGUCGACAAUGGCUACUUCGUUGGUGAGUCGUCGUCAUGUCGUGGAGUGGAUCAUCCUGCCCGCAUCUCUCUGCCUCUCGCUCCCUCUCUCCCCCUCUCGCUCCGUCUCUCUCCCUCUGUCUCGCGCUCCCUCCCUCUUUUCCCUCUCCCUCUCUCCCACUUGCUCCCCCUCUCUCUCUCACUUGAUCCCCCUCUCUCCCACUGGCUCCCUCUCUCUCUCGCACUGACUCCUCCUCUCUCUUCCUCUCUCUCCCACUCGCUCCCCCUCUCUCUUCCUCUCUCCCCAUCUCUCUCCCUCUCUCUCCCAUUCUCUAUCCAACGUCACAUGCACGAGAUGUCUGGAGUCGUUCCCGACGUGGCUGACGUGGCCAUCAGCAUCUACAGCGCACUGAACCUGGGUGGCAAGAAUCCUCCCUACGUCUUCCGUCUCAAGCCGAACAAGAGUGUCAACAUUCCGAUUGGCGUGCUUACGAGCAGCAAGUCGGUGGGCAUGCUAUUCCGUGCGCCGAGGUCGAACCUGAGGUGCACAUCCGUUAUCAUCUACGACACGGUCAACUGCAGUGGCAACCAAAUCAGCUCCGAUGUGCCCCCUGGCAAUGACGUUACUGCCGUGCCCAUUCUGUGA